AUUUAGACGAAAAGACCCUUGAUGAUUUAACCGAAAAGUUUGUGCGUCAUCUUCCUGAUAUUCUGGAAAAAUCUAAAUUGAGUUCGGUUGAAAAAUUACCUUAUAUGACUAUGAUGAGGGGAAAUGUUCUGGCCUCUUUGGACUUACAGGAACGAUUAGAAAUUUUAAUAAAUUUACCAGAUCGCCAAAAAAUUGAAAAAGAUAUUGAAGACAAAACUAGGGAAGAAAUUAAGAACCAACAAGAAGAAUAUUAUUUACGAGAAAAAUUAAAAACUAUUGAAAGAAAAUUAAGGAAGAAAGGAACUUAUGGCAGUAAUGAAAUGCGGAAAUAUUUGGAAAGGCUCGGAAAAGAACCUUAUCCUGACUACGUGAAAAAGACCAAGGAAAUUAAUGAUUUGGAGUUUGCUCGACGGAAACUGGAUGAGAAGCAUUAUGGAUUGUCAGAAAUAAAAGAAAAAAUUGUUGAAUAUUUAGCAGCUCAGCAAAAAGCUAAUAAAUCACUGGGACAAGUUGUUUGUUUAGUAGGUUCACCAGGAGUGGGAAAAACUUCCUUAUCUGCUUCUAUCGCCGAAGCAACAGGACGAAAGUUCGUUAGCAUUUCAGUAGGAGGAGUUCGGGAUGUGGCCGAAAUACAAGGUCACCGCCGCACUUACAUUGGCGCUAUGCCCGGAAGAAUUAUUCAAGCCAUGAAAAAAGCUCAAGUAAUUAACCCACUCUUUCUGAUAGAUGAAAUUGACAAAAUUUCUCACGAUUUUCGCGGCGACCCUGCCUAUGCUUUGCUAGAAGCCUUAGACCCGAACCAAAACAAGAAAUUUAUCGACAAUUACCUGGGAGAGGACCUUCCUUACAAUUUGUCAGAAGUAAUGUUUAUUUGUACCGCUAAUGAUGAACGAGAAUUGCCCUUGCCUCUGCUUGAUAGAAUGGAAGUGGUUCGUCUUUCCUCCUACACCGAAAUUGAAAAAUUUCGCAUUGCUAAAGAAUAUCUAAUUCCAGAAAGUUUAAAAAAACACAAUUUAAACUCCGGUGAGAUAGUUUUUGAAGAUCGAGCUAUUCAGGAUAUAAUAAAACAUUACACUCGUGAAGCUGGAGUACGAGAAUUAAGCCGAAAAAUCCAAAUAAUUAUUCGUAAGUUUAUAGUGCAACUUCUGCAAAAUCAAAAGGACAAGGUGGUUGUCACUUCUGCUACUUUAAUUGAUUAUUUGAAAAAGAAAGACUAUGAGUUUACUUCCAAGCAAAAAAGUUCACGAGUGGGAGUGGUUACUGGCUUGGCUUGGACUGGUUAUGGCGGAGAUAUUUUGCCAAUCGAAGUUGUUCAUUAUCCUCGUAAGGAGGGCGAUUUUGAAUUGACCGGAAACCUAGGAGAUAUUAUGAAAGAGUCAGCACGAGUAGCCCUUAAUUAUAUCAAGUCUAAUCACCAGAAAUUUGGUAUUAAUUUGGAAGUUUUUUCGCAAAACAGCAUUCAUAUCCAUGCUCCAGAAGGAGCAACGCCCAAGGAAGGACCGAGUGCCGGUAUUGCUUUAACCUCAGCAAUUAUUUCGGCUCUGACUAGUCGCAUUAUUCCUCGUGAUAUAGGAAUGACCGGCGAGAUUACUUUACACGGUCACGUUGAAGCAAUUGGUGGUUUAAAAGAAAAAGCGAUUGCAGCUUGCCGUAGUGAGCUAAAAACCAUUAUAGUUCCCAAAGCUAAUGAGAAAGAUAUUGAGGAUAUUCCGGAAGAAGUUCGACAAGAGUUGAAAAUUAUCUUAGUAGAAGAAUACGAGGAAGUUUGGGAAAUACUAUUUGGCAAAAAGCAACGAAAAACUACUUUGCCCCUUGCUGCCAAACAACCACGCAAAAAAGCCAAAGCAAAUAUUUCGAUUGAUUAA